CGUUAGCCGAUGCGCGUUGGCGUUGGCAAACAUGAGAACGACAAUAAUUACGAUCACGGACUUACAAUAGUAUGGCUAUCGUAAACAACUAGCGUUUAAAGGCUCGACGAUGCAUGCGAGCCGAGAAAGCCGUUUCCGAUAAGUUGUAGACUUCAUCAGUAUUCUACAAAAAAUAAAACAGGUGAAAUGAAACUAAGUGUAACAUCAUUUCGGGCCCAUUCGUCGGCUCAAAAAAAAAUCUUAAAGUGUCAAAAUCAGCUCAAUUAUAUCGCACCACAUAUUUCUGUUGUUCCAAAUGUAAAUUCUCCAUCUACCAGUUUUGACGUCAGACAAAUGAUGGUCGACAGUACUGGAAUGAGAGUAGAAAAUAUAAAACCAGAAACACCAAUCGAAUCUGAAACGUCCAGCUCAAAAAAUUAUAAUGGGAAUUUUAAUACAAAAAACUGUUCAACGAUAUUAGAGAAAAAUGCUCCAAUAAGAAGCAGAAGUAAUCAAAGAUGGAUGAAACUCAGAACCACAGUUCAACUGUCAAGCGCUAUUUCUUCUACAAUAAAAACAUCGAAACCGGCUUUACAAAGAGAAGAUUCAUUCAUCAAGCGAUUCACUACUCGACAAGUGGCAGAAAAGCAGGAAACGCUAGACACAGGAGACGAUGGUGAGUAUAGUUCUGGAUCGCAAGAUAAUAUCGAAUAUGUACGCAGAAAGCGACGAUUACGGCGAAAACAAAACAAACUGCCGUGGUCUGUGGUUAACCCUGACGAGAACUUUUAUUUUAAUUGGUUAAUGUUGUUGACCGGGUGCACACUGUAUAAUUUAUGGACCGUCAUCGUCCGGCAAAGUUUGCCCGAGUUGCAAAGAAUGGCGUCCGGUUGGUGGUUUACUAUGGAUGCGUUUAGCGACAUUGUGUUCUUACUAGACGUCGCUGUUCAGUUUCGCACCGGGUACCUAGAACAGGGUCUGAUGGUAUAUAAUACUAGCAAAUUAGCUGGUCAUUAUAUCCGGUCCAAGUCAUUCUUAUUUGAUUUAGUCGCACUCACGCCGCUUGACCUCCUUCAACUCAAAAUUGGCAUACAUCCCUUGCUGAGAUUUCCUAGGUUUUUAAAGGUGUAUCGUGUUUACGACUAUUAUUAUAUGGUCGAAUCAAGAACAGUUUAUCCAAAUCUUUGGAGAGUAAUAAAUUUAAUUCACAUUCUUUUAAUACUAGCUCAUUGGUUUGGUUGUUUUUACUAUUUAUUAUCCGAAGCUGAAGGUUUCAAAGGCGAUUGGGUAUACCCAUACAAACCAGGAGAUUAUGCCACGUUAACAAGAAAAUACUUAGGUUCCCUUUAUUGGUCAACUCUAACAUUAACAACAAUCGGAGAUCUUCCUACGCCUGAAACUAAUGCAGAGUAUGUUUUUACUAUAGUUAGUUACUUAAUAGGCGUUUUUAUAUUCGCAACUAUUGUAGGCCAGGUAGGUAAUGUUAUAACAAAUAGAAAUGCAAAUCGAUUGGAAUUUGAAAGACUGUUAGAUGGAGCUAAGUUAUAUAUGCGUCACCACAAGGUUCCAAGUGGAAUGAAAAAACGAGUACUGCGGUGGUACGAUUAUUCGUGGUCUAGAGGACGUAUACAAGGUGGUGGAGAUAUUAACACAGCUCUGGGACUUUUACCUGACAAGCUCAAGACAGAAUUGGCACUCCAUGUAAAUUUAGCAGUUUUAAAAAAAGUGACAAUAUUUCAAGAAUGCCAGCCUGAGUUUUUGCACGAUUUAGUACUUAAGAUGAAAGCAUAUAUAUUUACACCAGGAGAUUUAAUUUGUCGCAAAGGUGAAGUGGCUAGAGAAAUGUUUAUUAUAGCUGAUGGUAUUUUAGAAGUUAUUAGUAGUGAAACUGGACAUGUUUUAACAAUUAUGAAGGCUGGCGAUUUUUUCGGUGAAAUUGGUAUUUUAAAUUUAGAUGGCUUUAACAAGAGAACGGCAGAUGUAAAAUCAGUUGGUUAUUCAGAAUUAUUCAGUUUGUCGCGUGAAGACGUUUUAGCAGCAAUGAAGGACUAUCCCGAGGCUCAAGAAAUUUUACAAACUCUUGGCAGAAAACGAUUAUUGGAAGCAAGAAAUGCUAACAAAGCAGUUGCUGACCGUUUAAAAUCUCGUGCUAAUAAUGAAUCAGAGAAUUGUACUAGGAUUGUAGAUAAAAUCCGAAGUGACGUGAAAGGCCUACGCAAUGCAUUUACAAAAGGACGUAGAGGAACUAGAGCUGUUGUUGAGGAAAGUUUGGAAUUACAGCCGUUGACAAAUUAUGGUAGCCGAAAAUCUGAAAGUGCAGGAAGUAGAAGUAUUUUACGAAGAAUGCCUCGUGUGUGGAGUGAUGAAUUAGCUUCUGGAACAGAACAUAGUGAUGAAGAUCCGAGACCGUUGUCUCCUGGUAUACCAAUUUUAAACAAAGCCAAUAAAGAAGUACGUAUAAAUGAAUCAAAAAAAUGUUUAUCUCCACCAAUAGUAACGGCGGAAUCACUUAGAAAAGAUUCUAUGCAUCAAGAAGUUAUAGGAUCUGGUUUACCGUUAUUACAACGACUUUUAAUACUAAAACAAAAGAAUGACCAAGACGCCACAAUGCUAAAUAGGCAAAAGCGCAAUGAUCAAGAAAUACAUGAAUAUGUCACUAAAGUAAAAUCAAGUAUCAAAUUAAAAACUCCAAAAAAAGAUAUACCUAAAACUUUUAAUCUGAAGCAAAGAUUAUCAGAGGCAAAUGUUAGACCUAAAAAAUCCACAUCAAAUACAAAAUUUUGGACAUUAUUAAAAAAAGCCACCGUACUCACACCUAAGGCUAAAUUACAGGAUAUGAAAUCUGAUGAGAAGUCUAUUGUUGACUCUCUGUCAUCUUUUCGAGUAGAUUCAAAGCCUAUCGAUCCAUUAAUAGAAAAUGUUGUGGGUGAAAAUCAACCUACAAAACUCAUAAUGAUGUGCCAAACAUUAGAAAACCAAUAUAAACAGGGCUCGUUGAUUGCUCAAAACAUAUCGGCUCAUAAUAAUUUAGUUAAAAGUACUGAAAGUAAUGUUAAGGAUUCAUGUGAUAUUAGAUUGGUCCCAAGACCAAAAUUAUUAAAUCUCGCAGGCACAAAAAAACGUUAUGAUUCAAUUAACGAUUUAUCACCUGAAUAUUCAGGAUUAUCGUUUGUGAAAAAACUAAAAAUUUUAAAUGAACGCCAAAAAUUAGCAGAACUUGAAGAAAAAGCGUUUUUAAGAAGCGCUAGUUUAGAUUCUGCAGGAUGUAAAAAUUUUAUGCAAUUUAACAAAUUAUCUCGUAGUCAUUCAGAAGCUGUUGCUUUAGAACUUGUCAUGAGAAAUCAAAAGAAACGGACAGAAUUAUCUGUAGUCUCUGACGACACAAAUGAAACAUCUGAACGUAUACGUUUAAAAAAUAUACUUAAACGAUUGUCAUCUGAUUGUCUUGGCAAUGACCGAGUCAGGCAGUUAAUGUCAUCUCAAACAAUUGAGGGAUAUGCUGCAAGACAUUCAAAGCUUACCAGAAAUGUAACGUUCAAUCAACGUCACACUUUAGAGUCCUCGCCGGAUUCUUGUGGUUCUUUAUUGACAUUUCCUGAAUGUAAUAAUACUUCACAAAAUAAAAAUCCAGAUAUUAUUCCUACAAGAUCACCUGAUAAUACUGAUUUCUUUAAAUCUUCUUUGAUCACUCAAAAUGUAGCAUUAUCUAAUCGGACGUUAGUUGAAUCUAUGCGAUGUUUACCUGAUAGGACUAAUCCUCAACAAAGUUGUUAUGAUGGAAUAAUUUAUAGUAUCAAAUCAAUUUUAGAAAAUUACUUGACUGAAGUAGAAGAAAAAUAUCAAGACAAAAUUGAAAAACUAGAAACAGAAAUAAGCAAAAGAGAUUAUACUAUUAAGACUCUUUGUGAACAAUUUAACCAGAAAUUGUGUGAUGAACCAAUCGAUACAGAUAAACUAGACGCUUUAAUAGGUAGCUUUUCAUGUAAUCUAGAAGAAGUUGAAGAAAAUUCAUUUAUUAGGAAUGACUCUGUGGAUACAGUCAUGUGCCCAAUAGCUCAGCAGUUUAAAAGUGUAUCGCCAUAUCGCUAUGAUAAUUACAAACAUAAAAAACAAUCUUCCAAUAGUUCUGAUUUUUCAAUAAAUAAAUCUUGGGAGAAUAGAUCAAAAGAAGAAAAUAUUGAACUACAAGAACUACCAAGAUCAAUUAUUCCAGAAUCAAAAUGGAUUCGAGAAGAUACUAGAAUCGAUAUGGAUUUCACAGACGAUGAAGAUGAAAAUUUUUCUCCUCGUUGGGAAAAUUGGGAAGCAGAAAUGUUAGUUGGCCAUAAUAAUAAAAGUGAUCUCUACCGCAAAUCAGGAUUAGUUAGUCAUAUGUCUUUAGACGAAGAACCUAUUAAUUUACAUAGAAGUUUCCGUGGGAGAAGAAGAUGUUUGUCAAUAGAUAACAUGUCAUUUUCUAAUUCUAUAUUAAGAAAUUUUGGGCAAUAUGUUCGCUUGGGGAAUUCACCACAAACAUCACGUGACAUUCUUCCAACUAUAUCAAAGAGUUGUUUUUCUUUAUUAUCACAUUCAAAAAAUUAAGUGAGGCUUCCAAAAACCAUUGUAUAAUUUUUAUUUUUUCUAAACAGGGUAGUCCUAUGAAUAUUAUCAUCAUUCAUUGAAUAAUGAUAAUUAUUUGCCAUAAAAAUAUUUUAUUUAAAUUUAUUUUUAUUUUAAGAAAAAUAAUACUAGUUAUCUUAAGAUAUUUUUGUUGAAUAAUGAAUCAUUAAGUUUUUAUAAAUACGAAUAUAUGUGACAGGGAAUGUGAAAAGGGUUUUAGUGGCCAAAAACUUUAUUCCAAACUAAAACAUUUUUUAGUUUUGGAAAAUACUUUUUUUUAAUCAGUAACGAAAUAACAAAGAAAUUUAAUUUUCGGUCAAUAGAAUCCAUUCCUCAUUUCAGAUUACUUGUGUGAUUGUAAUAUUGCGAAUUUAGGUAUUAUAUUAAGAUGUACGUGUUUAGCGUAUUAAAUUUUGUACUUUGAUUGAUAGUGAACUAUAAAAUAUGCAGUUAUCUAAUAAUAUAAAUUUAUUUUUAAAAAUCUUUUUAAUAAUGCCAUUUUAAUAUACUUUGCAUAUUUUUAUUUCAAAUAAAGUUCAUUUUAUAAAAAAAUAACAGGAAGAAAGAUAUUACAUGUGCUAAAUAUUUCUCGAAUUUUU